CUACUUUGAUAAUAUGGACAGAUUGAUGUCACAGAAGUACCGACCGUCAACUGAGGACAUUUUGAGGGUCAGGAUCCGGACAACAGGCAUCCUAGAAACACACUUCAAAAUUAAUGGCAUGACAUUCAGGAUGUAUGAUGUUGGAGGUCAGAGGUCAGAAAGGCGGAAAUGGAUCCAGUGCUUUGAUGAUGUCAGAGCAUUGUUGUUUGUAGCUGCCCUUAGUGCUUAUGAUAUGACAUUAAUUGAAGACCCUUCUGUGAAUCGUUUACAAGAAAGCCUUCGGCUCUUUGAGUCCAUAUGUAACAAUGUAUUCUUUGUGGAUACGUCCAUGAUGUUGUUCUUAAAUAAAGUGGAUCUCUUCCAAGAAAAGAUUAUGCGUUCUGGACGACAUUUAAGAUACUACUUUCCGGAAUAUAAAGGACCAGAUUGUAGAGUCGAGGAUGCUGCUCGGUUCCUUCAGCAAGAAUUUCUUGUACGAAAUCACAAACCAUCCAAAGUUGUUUAUCCUCAUUUCACCACGGCAACGGACACAUCAAACAUUCAGGUUGUUUUUCAAGUUGUCAUGGAUACAGUGAUUAAAGAGAAUUUAGAAGCAGCCUCUUUACUUUAAGAUUGUUAUUUGUUGGGUUUGAUUAAUCAUUCAUUGGUUCCAAGAACUAUCUAAAUUAACUUCAUAUAGCAGCUUCAUAUAGAAGACACGACAAUACUGAUGUGCUUUUUAACAAUUCAAAAUUCAAUCUCCUCAAAAAAAAGUAUUGCUCUAAACUAUGCAAUUUUUAUGUGAUGAUAUUAACUCUCCACAUUUUACACACUACUACUUAAAUGGUUUUUUUUUUAGUAUAUGAGCAUUGUCCAAAAUUAUGACAGAAUAAAAUGUGUAUUCAAUGAAACUUUAUAGACAUAUAUGGCUGACUAUUAUUUCUUACCAAAUAUAUAUAUAAAUAUAAUAUAUAUUUUCUUAUAAAAAUUUGUUGAAAUUUACAUUUUAAUGUCCUUCCAUUUAAUGUAUUUUAAGCAGAAACUUUUGGAAAUUUUUAAGGCUGUUUCAUUCCAGUUAAUAAAUCAGUAACAUAACAACAAGUCAUGGGGCCUGGGGAAGAAUAUAAGCCCAUAUAAAUGCCAGGAAAGUGGGCAGAGGGGAUGGUAUUUAAGUGACCCCCUCCUCCCUAACCUAAAAACAUUUAUGAAUAUUAAGACAAUAUAAGCAAUGUAAAUACCAUUCAAAAUUUGAGUUAAGUUGGCUGUCCUUUUUUGUGGUUUAAAUGUCAAGGUUGGGGUAAACUACGGGGCCCCUCAGUACUAGGGCCGGGACUGUUCUCCCCAAGAGCUCUUAGGCUUUACACCACUGUAAUAAAUUACUAGUUUCCUUAAAGAUGAUAAACGUUUUUCAUCUGUAUUUAUUAAUACAGAUGUAUUUAUUAACAAAAGACAUUAACUUAAAAUGAAGUACUGUUAACUAUUUAUUGGUAGAAAAUCGAACCAUUACUUGUAAAGUAUGUGCAAUUUGUAGAAUAUCAAAUUAUGAGAAAAUUUUAAUAUUUAUUGUAAAAUAAUUCAACUUCCAAAAUUGUU